AUUUAGACAUUCCUAUUGUAGGUUUGUUAAUAAAAGAAUUUAAGGACUUAAAGGAUUUAAAAGUUGGUAAAGGGAUGUCCAUAACACUAAAUACUUUGUUUUAUAAUCUGAUCUUAUUGUUAUUAAUGAAUUUAGUCUUUAAUAUUAAAGAAGGUUUAUCUAUUUUAGAAGCAGAAGCAAAACCAGAUUUAUUAUCUGAUAUAAAAAUAUUAACAAUUGACUUGGAAAGAAUGAUACAUCCUGUUAUAAGUAAGAAAUUACAGAAUAAAGGAAUUACAGUGUUGUUAAAUAGUAUAAGUGGUUUUGAUAGUGAGUUUGAAUUAAAAUCUUCGCUUGAAAAACUUAAUGUUUUAUUAUCUGUACAAAUAGCUGUUAAUAGUUGUAUUUAUAUUAAAGUACCUAUUAUUAAAAUAGAUGGUAUUAAACAUAGUGAUUUUGGAAUAAAAGAAAAACCUUCUCAAGUGGAAUCUGAAAAAGAGUCUGAAAUCAUUGAGCUGUGUUGUCGUAGUAUCGAUUUUCUUAUUAGAAAAAUCCGAGUAGAUAUGUAUUUUGAGAAUGAUAAAUUAAUAAACAUGAUAUGUUCUACAUUAGAGGAAGAGAGCAAUGUUCAAAAAUGAGAUAUGGAGGAUUUUACACUCUUUACAUAUCCAAAAACAAAUGUUUCUAGCCUUAUUAAAUAUGUUAAUGAAUACACUUUCACAGAUUUAGUAAUGGACAGUGAAUCUUUGAAAGAUGAAGACCAUUUCAAAAGUUUUUGUAAUUUUGUAAAGCUAUUAAAUAGAAUAAGUAAUAAGGAAGAGGUUGCUAUUAAUAGUAAAACCUUGGCCAGAAUUAAAAAAUGUGUAUCAAAACCAAAAUCUAGAAUGGUUUUUAAGUUUAAUAAAAAUUUGUCAAAACUUAAUAUUAUGGUAAAUAGAAGUUUAUUUUUAUGUAUGCAUGAAUCAGGCUCUGAUCUAUC